CAAUUAAUUAAAUGGUCUGGAAUGGAACUUUUCAUUUGUUCUUAAAUUUUUUUUUAAAUCUAUUUCAUGUGAAGUGAACAUGAGAUCCAAUUAAAUAUAUAUUUUGAUGAUUUUAUCAUCUGGAAAUAUGUUUCAAUGCGCAUCUUUGGGGGCUUUGGGUGGGGUUUUCUUAAUAAAAUGCAGUCCAGUAAAUUGUCCACACGUUGAUGGCUCUUCCUGAGUGAUCUUUCUUGGGGCGUUUCAGUUCUACAAUCUUGGACACAGAUCACAUUCACAAGAAAAAAUAGUUCAGCUAAAUAUUUGUCUGUGUCAAAAUUCAGUGUGAUGUGUCAUUUUAUGUCAGGUGUUAACUUAUUCAGUUCAUACCAGAAUAUUGAUAUGAGCAACUCCACCAGCAUCAUGCUGAUCUGAGCAAGUCAGGUGUGCUCCCAGUCAGGUGAGAGAGGAGCAGAUACUGACUAGAAAGAGAGAAAUAUUUCAAUUGCACUCCAGCUCAGAAUAUAAUUUUAAAUGUGUUUACUUAUCUUUUUAAAUCCAGAUUUAAAGCCAUUGGUUUGUAAGUGUAAAUGUUAUGCGGUUAUAUGGGAAGAUGUUUGGCUUUGUGAAAAUUUGUUUUGCAUUUAUUGAAGUCUUUUUUUCCUGUAAAAAUUCUUACCACAAUGCAAUUUUACGUAUGAGAGAAUAACUCACGUGUAGCUUAAGUGUCGCCAAUGUAAUUAUUAACCCGAGCACAUUGCUUUUGCAAAGGUCAGUGGUCAUACAAGAUCACUGCAAAUGUAGGGCAGCAGUGUUCAGUACUGAUUAGAACUUUGGACUCUAGACUUGAGAACUAAAGGUCUGUAUCCUGGGCAGCUGGCUAUCGUACCCUUAAGCAAGGAGUGUUGCCUUCAGCUACUCUCCUGUAAUAUUUAUGUAUUGAAAUGAGUUACAGAACAUGCAAUAUGUAAACUUCCUGGUGCCGUAAGCCACCCUUGGAAAAGACAUUCAGGGAUCCCAGCCCUGUCCUUGCUGAUUUGUGAAUAAUUUGACAGGUUACAUGAACUCCUUGUGCUUGGUGUGACUGAUGUUUUUCUGCCCCGGCUCGUUAUAAUGUUAUUUUCCCCUCUUUGAAAAGUGUCUGCUGAAAGGUACCGUUACUAUUCCUGUGUGUUAUAAUUAUAGAGCUGAAAUGGACUCUGGUUUACUGUGCAUUACUUAAAUUACAGGAACGGAUAAAUCACCUCCAUACUUCCGAGGCUUUAAAAACAGAUUGGGCUCCUGUGCAUGCCCACUGUAUUAUAAAACACUUGAGCAUUAUAAAACGAGGUAUGGUACAUCAGAAUGGCCCGCUUUCAAAAAAAGAAUGAGACUCCUUUCCAUGCAGUGAGACACUGGUGUUAUGUGAAAUGUUAAACCUAGCGCGUUCUGCUGCUGCUCUUUUCCUGUAUAUAGAAUAACCUUGUCUUCUUCAUUUUGGCCUGAGCCUUUGUUUAUUUUUAAAAAUGCUGACAGCUAAGACAUAUCGACUUUGUUACUAUAAUACAGGAUAAAAUAACUUUCUUGGGUUAUGUAAAGGUUAUGAAUCGAGUUAUAAGGACAACUGCGUGCACACCCACCCACACACAUACAGCACAGUACUUGCAAUUGUUAAAUAGGAAUGGAAAGGUCGUUGCAAAUGUAAAAUGUAUGUUUCAGUAUAUUUAAGGAAAUUCUCAAGUAUUUUCUGAGGAUGUGUUAAUUCAUGAAAAAAAUGAACAGACUGGAAAUCAAUAAAAAAGUACAGAAUUAUAAUUCUACAUUUGAAGGAAGUUUGGAUAUUUUUGGGGAGGAAAUCCCCCUCCAGACAUCCCCCCCCCCAUACCCACCAGAGAAGUGUUUUACAUCCAUUAAAGAAUGGUAAAUAUGGAUUGCUAAGCACUAAAAUACUUCGCUGCGUUCAUCUGUAAUUGUGCUUUUGUGCUUUCUGCAUAAUUCUGUCAAAUGAAUAUAAUCUGUAUGUUCAUUGUAUAUAAAAAUGGCAGGGUUUUGUUCCUUACAAGCAUGGAAAGCGUUUUACCAUGAAAAGCACUUGCUGUGCAGUGCUCUCAAUCCGGUGAUACAUACAGGGUGCUCAAUGGGCAGGGUCUCAGAGCAGUAAAAUUAGGGUAGCGACGAUAUAAUCGCUCUCUUCUGUCUAAAAAACAUUAACCGCCAAUGAUGAAAUUGUGUGUCCCGACGAUUACGCGAUAGCCCAAGCUUUAUUUUCUUCUUUGUGUCGGCAAUAAUGCUUCGGCUCCCUUCCGCUGCGUAUCCCGACCUAACCUCUCUUGCUGUACAUAUAUAUGUACUUCGUUUCCAUAGUAACUAUUACUUAGUGAGACGGGAAAAGUUGGCAGGGUUCAGUUAGCACAGACGGCAGUCUCAGACGGAGAAAAGCCCAGAUGUGCCUCAAGCAUCACAGUCACAUCAAAGCAUUUCAUUUGGAGCACACAAAGGAUAUCAGAGGGACUCCUCCACAGGGAAACCGGGACAUCAUUCCCAAAUCUGCUCCGGGUAAGUGGUUGCUUAGAGGGAGACGCCCACUGAUGUGCCAGUGAUGCUGUGCCAAAGAACGAGCCCUUCUCCAGACCCUUCUUUCACCCAAGAGGCCCAUGUGACCUAGUGAGUCCACACCCGGGGGAACGCAGGCGUCUGCCGGGACACGCAGAUGAGUUCCGCUCCGGACCGCGCCAAAGAAUGCCUCCCUCCCAAGAAGAGGGAGUCCAGGCAGGGCUCGUCCGAGCUCACCCCCGCCGAUGACUUCAAGCCGCCCGCGCCCCUCAGGACCCGGCCAGGGGGGAGGCAGCCUGAGAGCAAGGAGCCGGGCGAUGGGCCGCCCCCCAUUCCGCACUACGGCAGGGACCUACUCCCGCCGCCGCCCCCGCCCCCACCCCUCCCGGCCCACAAGUUCGCCCUGCCGUGGCCCCUGUCUUACCCGACGGCGACACCAGGCCCCUUCUCCACCCAGAUGGGGGAAAGAUGCGGCUCAAACUCACCUGCCUGGAGAGACCAGUGUGCCCGGGGUGUGGACCCCGCUGACCAGGCCACGCCCCACCACUCCCGGUGGCAGCGUGGAGAGGCAUCUCACGGCGCCUACAAGAGCCACUUCCCCACCGACUCCCGCGAAAUAUGGAGCUACUACAACGCGGGGAAGCACAGCUUCAGCCCCUCCCUCUUCUCCCACACGCACCUCUUCCCCCAGCCGCCGCUGUACCCAAAGGACCCCCCGGACCCCAGGAGGAGCUACCCAACCAAGAGGCCCAAUGGUUUCGACAGGAUGGACGGCCGGCACCUGCCCGCUGGGCGGCUGGUAUCGGCUCCGGAGGACUACCUGUAUGACACCAAGGUGAAGCAGACCACUUCCUCUCACACCAACGGAAAGAGGAGAUACCAGGACGAGCAGAGGUCAAUGAGCGGGGCUGCAUUAAAAGACAGCCAUGCACUUGAGGGCCCCAGCACGCAUUCCUCCCUGCAGGAUAAGGGCCCCCGAGCCACACUCAAAGCUCCGCCCCCUAACGCCUCUGACGCGCGGACCUUCAAAGUUCCCCUGGACGCCCUGAGCAUGGCGGGCUCUCCCGGGGAGGCACAUAUCUAUUAUGCACUGGGACCGAUGUACUCGGGCCUGCAGCAGCCACCGCUAGCAUAUCCACUGUACAGUACCCACAACCAGGCCCCUGUACUCCCUCUCUACGGGCUGCAGACAGACACAUCCCACCCCCUGAGAAACUCACAGCUGUCGCCAUUGGUGGAGGCAAUCAGUCGCCACAACAGUCACAGCCCAGAUCAAACCCCCGUCCCCAAACCCCCGAGUCACUCCAGCACCUCCCCAGGAGGCUACCGCUCGCACAGCACGGCGACGGCAGCCGCCCACCACAGCGGGGCCUCCACCAGCUCCCCUCCGGCUCCCCAGCCCUCCAUCCUCCUACCUCACUUUGCCAGGGGCUCCCUAAUCGAGUUGAGUGGCGGGCGACUGAAGCGGGUGGAGGAUCUACAGACAGAGGACUUCCUACUCUGUGCUGACACCAGCCCAGAGUUCCACCUGAGCUCCUGCACCAUCCUGCUCAUCUCUCCGUCCCCCGCCUCCGGCUUCUCACACCUGCAGGUCCUGCUCACCGACUGCAACACUCAGGAGUUACUGAAAGUCUUAGUGGAAUACCCGUUCUUUGUUCGCGACCGAGGCUGGUCUUCGUGCUGCCCACAGAGAACUGCCCAGCUGUAUGGGCUCCGGUGCCGCCAGCUCAGUGUGGGCGACGUGUGCCUGGCACUCACGCCUGCACCACCCGCCCUGCCCUCGACCGCCCUGCCCCGCAACCACGCCCGAGAAGGGGAGCCAGGCCGCGCGGCGCAAGGCGUGCACAAUCGAGCGGGGUAUGAGUGCAGCGCGCAGAGGCCAGAGAAGAUGGCGCCCCCCGCUCCCGCCCCACCUCCGCCUCUGGCACACGCACCACCCUCCGGGGAGCUGACACAGGGGCGCAAGAGACGAUGGUCUGCACCCGAGCUCCUAGGGACUGACAGGACCCCCCCAGAUUUACCUCACAGCUCCAAGCACAGGAAGCAACAGUAGCCCCCCCCCCCCCCCCCAAAACCCCCUCCCUACAACAGUUCCUCAUGGGUAGCCUGCACAGCCUAGAGAUUAAGGCAAUGCACUCGCUCCUUCACACCCACACAGCGCAGGGGGGAGAGGAGGAAUGAGCUCAGGGUCAGCAGUACCUCGGCCUGUCAGGUUCAAUGCGGAAGACUAUCAGAGAAACGCUCAGCGUCAUCUACGCUGUUCGGAAAUGCCAGGGAAAAAAAUGGAUGCUUUCUCUCUCUGUGCACGCAUGUGUCUGGUUGUGUUAGUGUUAAGAGAGGAUGAUGUUUUAAAAAAAAAAUAAUACAAUGUCUAAUGCACAAAGACAAUAUGACUUUAAUGGAGACAAUCAAAAGCGCAUUCUCAAUGUGUUUACGUUCUGUUUUUGUAAUCGUUGUCCCACGCCUAUUGAAAGUGUUUACUGCAGGAUUUAAAUUUUUUAUCUGUAUCAUGAAAGUAAAUUCUGUGGAAAAGAAAAUACAUAUAUAUAUAUAUAUAUAUAUAAAUAUAUAUUACAGAUGUUACAUAAAUAUGCUAAAGCGAUAUGUCAGUUUAAUGCAACUUCUUCGUCACUUUUGUAAUUCGUUUUUUCGCUUCUGAGCCGAAGUCACAGGUUGAUGGUCUGAGGCGGGCAGAGUGAAUGAAUGCAUUCCUUUUGCCUUCUUCGAGAGAGGGGGGAGUCACGUCACACGCUCACUGACUAAGCGUUAUACUCCAAUUUGUUUUUACUUUCUUUUUCUUGGAAAGGAAAAAAAAACACUAAUGAAGGGUGAUCCGAACCCACACGUAAGUCUUAGUGGCACAUGGUAGAUGGUCAUUCCUGACCCGGCCUCUGGCGUACAUUGGUGUUUAAAACAGCAUGUGCAAAGUGAGAGUCAUGGUGCUAAUAACAUGUUGGAACACAUUGCUUUGUGAUUGCUGACCCCUCUAUGCUUUAUUUGUAUUCUGUUCAUCGUAUGUUUGAGUGCAGGGAAAAACAAAGAAGAGUAUUUUGAAUUCAGAUACGGGUAUCUCUUAUGAUCACUUUCUCCACUUUAGCUCUUUUUCAUUUUGACUGAGAACAUAAUUUUGUUGUCAUUUCUCCUUUGUAAAUGUUAUAGCUAUAAAACUGUAUAUUUUUAAAAUUGUGAAUCUGUAUUAUGAUGUUCGCUAGAAAUAAAAAAAGAGCUUUAUAGAUUUAUAAGUA